GCAAACUACUUCGCAGCAAAGAAGUCCUAAGAAAAUGUUUCGAUACAUCUGCUUAACCUCGCUGCUCGCUUUCGCGUAUGCCGCGCCCAUCGACCAGCAAAUGGCAACCAUUGAGCCUGCCAUGGAGCUGAGAGCGCCACCUGUCGACAAUGUGCCAGCGGCGCCGGUGGAAAUGAGAGCACCAGUGGUCGGCAUAAUGGAAGCCGGCCUAAAACAAUCUACUGAUGGCGCCUAUAACUUUUACUAUCGCGGCGAGGAUGGCUCUUUCCGACAGGAAAGCGCUGUCGUAGUCCAUCCAGGCAGCAAAAAUCAACACUUGAAGAUCACUGGCAGCUACUCGUACUUUGAUGCCAAUGGCAAGGAGGUGGUCGUUCUCUACAAGGCCGACGAUCGCGGUUUCGUGCCGCAUGGCAACAAUAUUAUGCCGCAAAUUUCCGCAGCGGCAAAACAGAAUAGUCAACUGCCGCGCAUGGUGGAAGAGCAUGAGCCGAUGCCACAGUCGCCUGUUGUCGGUGGCGUAUGGAGUGACAUGACGCAGAUGCAAUGAGCUAGAAACACGCAUGGAAAUGUGAAAAAAAUUGGUCAAGAGGGAAGAGCGCGGAACGGGGUAAACGCUAUAACAGUGCAGUUGGAUGUGAAAGAAUGAAAGUACCUUUUUUUUGUUUUUAAUUUUUAUUUUUUAUUUAACUUAACAUUUAGCAUCUUCGUGAUUUGCUGCAAACGAGAAUAAAAAGACUUUUUCACACAAAUUGCUUCUGUUGUUAAAUUUAUGCUGCGUAUUUUUAGGCGCAACUCAACAUAUGUUAGCGUAUUUCUGGUGAUUGCGAGUUGUGUCCAAAUACUGAAUACUAUUGCUGUAGUUUGACGAUAAAUCGUGCCGACUUGCAGUUGAUGUUUUGUUAAGAAGUUGUACUGAGAUUAUCAAUCAAGCUCAGUCGUAUUAAGAUUUUCGAUCUUCAAUUAUACAUG